AUGAGGUCAAGUGGGGUCAACUUUCUGCGUCGUGUCAUCAAUAGUCCAUAUCAUCCGUUCUACGUCAAAGUCAAACCAGAUGUAUGGCAGAAACGUGAACAACUUAGAAGAUUUGUUGCCUGGCAGUACGGUUUCCAACGGACUACCGUACGAAGAGGCUUACGAAAAUUGAAUAAACUGUAUACAUAUUUGAAUAUGCAACGUGAAGAUGCACCGAAAUUGGAGAAAUUUUAUGCGGAAGAACGAAUAAAGGCAGCUCUCGCCGAGUACCAUUUCGACUAUGCACCUUUCCGAAAUAUGCUUGCAAAAGCGCAUGUCCUGUUAGACAACGUUGUCAUUUCGCAGCUUGCAGUCUACGAACCUGAGUCUUUCAAGAGUUUGGUUAUGUUGACAAAGCAAAUGGCAGUCGAGGAUGGACGUCCGGUAGUCACAGAUGAAGAGCAAAUGAACGUGCAUACUGACCAAUCAUUAUUUGGUACUCCAUUCGAACACUCCAAAGUGUUUCCUCGGGGAGCUGCAGAGAAUCACCAAAAACCUCCGAGACCACUCAAAAUUACGGAAUAUUAA